AUGGCGGAAGAGGGUCAAGGUGCGUCUGCUUUCCCAUCCCAAUACGAUGAGUCCGGCAUGACAUCGUUUGACAGAGUAGAGGCCGAGCUUCGUGGGGAACAGCUCAAGCUGGUCUGCGACUUAUCCACUGGUUCCAGAGUGGAGGUUGUCUGCAAUGUGGGGCACGAUGUCGCUUAUGCCAAGGGUCAGGUGGCAAGACAAACAGAAAUUGAAUACGGACGUCUGCAGUUCUACCUGGAAGACAAGCUGAUGUUCGACCCACUGUCCUUCAAUGAUUUCCCUGCGAUCAUGGCCAAUGCUAGCAAGGAGGUGCAUGUCAGAGUGGACGUGGCACCUCCAAUUCCCGAGUGA